ACGGUGGAUGGUUUAUUCUCGAGUCUUUCAGCGAUCUAUCGACAAGUGUAUAGACAAGCACGUCAAAGGAAAGCCAUCCAACUGAAGAAGAAGAGCACGCAAUCUCACGACCAAUGACGGACGUAGUGGAUCUCAUCGAUAUUUUGGUUCGAAACAAACGUCGACGUAGCGUCGAUGUUGCACUUUUCCUUUGUUUCACUCUCCUGGCGGCCGCCGCGAUCGAACCGCCUCUUACCGCAGAAGAGAAAACAAAUCAACAAGAAAGAGAAAGAUCAUUCGCCACCGACGUUCACAGCCCAUCACCUCCAGCCGGUUCGGUUAUAGAAAAAGCUAAAGAUUCCGGAGCAGAUUUAUUGCAUCGAGUUGAAAGAGCUCUUAAGGAAACGGCGGAAACCCUCAAGGCCAGCAUGAGUGAUAACCUACCUUUCGAUCCUUCAGACAUCCGUCAAGAACGAGCCCAAGAUGAGACGGCCGGAAGAGUCAAGCGAGCCAUUGGCGCGGAUGAAAACUUGGACGUGGAACAAAAACCCGAGUCUUUGCUGCACCGAGCCAAGGAUUGGAUUUCUGGCACAACUCACGAAGGCGCAGAGAAAUUAGGACACGCUAAAGAUUCCACAGUCGAUGCCGCCCAACGGGCCAAAGAUGCCACGAUGGAUGCAGCCCAGCGCGCCAAAGACGCCACGGUCGACACUGCUCAUCAGGCCCAAGAUACUGCAUCCCGUGGGGCCCAACGGGUCAAAGAAGGAUUCCAAGAUGCUGGUAGCCGAGCAAGUGAUACCGUUGGAUCGGCGUACGAUCGAGCCAAGAAUUUAGUCUCUCAAAACACCGAUGAGGCUCAACAACAAGCCCAGCAAGCUAAAGAGAGAGCCGAAGAAGCUGCCCGUCAAGGUAAAGAAGAAGGUGGAUCUUUUUUCAAACGGGCCAAGGAAUGGAUAGCUGGCACUACGCACGAAGGCGAGGAGAAAUUGGAACAGGCUAAAGAAGAACCAUCAGACUUAUUUCCAACAAGGAAAAGAUGCCACGAUGGAUGCAGCUCAGCGCGCUAA